ACGUUCCACACUUUUCUUUCUGGUGUCUUCACUCUCCCAGAGAGAAGGGGAGUUUAUAAAUAAAGCUCUAGAGAGAACCAUCCUUUCACAAAAUCCCCAUUUCCUGCAAAAGAGCAUAUUCCCCCUCCAUAAAAGAUUGGUAUGUUGGAUGGAACCAUUAUCUCUGCUUGAGAGCUUAUAAAAGAGGGACCAAUGGCAGCUACAAUGCCUUUGAGGAGCUUCGUUUCACAUGUCGUCCUAGAUUUAGAUGGUACACUUCUAAACACAGAUGGAAUUGUAAGCGAAGUGUUGAAAAAGUUCUUGGGCAAGUAUGGGAAGCAAUGGGAUGGAAGAGGAGUUCACAAAAUAGUAGGGAAGACACCUUUGGAGGCUGCAACCUCAAUUGUGGAGGAUUAUGGGCUCCCUUGCACAACAAAUGAAUUCAUUUUGGAUAUAAGCCCAAUGUUUUCUGACCAGUGGUGCAAUAUUAAAGCUCUUCCAGGGGCCUCCCGAUUAAUUAAACAUUUGAAUGGUCAUGGUGUGCGGAUGGCGUUGGCUUCAAACUCUCCAAAGGAAAGCAUAGAAGCAAAAAUUUCUCACCACCAUGGCUGGAAAGAAUCUUUUUCUGUCAUCAUCGGUGGCGAUGAAGUAGGAAUGGGGAAGCCAUCUCCUGAAAUAUUUCUUGAAGCAGCUAAAAGGUUGAAUGUUGAACCUUCCAAGUGCCUUGUCAUAGAGGACUCCUUGCCUGGUGUUACAGCUGGUAAGGCUGCUGGAAUGGGAGUAGUUGCAGUGCCAUCAGUUCCAAAACAAGCAGCUCUUUACAGUUCAGCUGAUGAAGUGAUAAAUUCUCUGCUUGACCUGCAGCCUGAAAAAUGGGGUCUGCCACCAUUCCAAGAUUGGAUAGAAGGUACUCUACCGAUUGAACCUUGGUAUAUUGGAGGCCCAGUUAUCAAGGGAUUCGGUCGUGGAUCAAAGGUGCUUGGAAUACCUACAGCUAAUUUAUCUGCAGACAGCUUUUCAGUGAUUUUAUCAGAACAUGCCUCUGGAGUGUAUUUUGGAUGGGCUGCAUUGUCCACACGAGGCAUAUUCAAGAUGGUCAUGAGUAUUGGUUGGAACCCGUACUUCGACAAUACUGAAAAAACAAUAGAGCCAUGGCUGCUUCAUGAUUUCAAUGAGGAUUUUUACGGCGAGGAGCUUCACCUCGCAAUUGUUGGCUAUAUUCGACCAGAGGCCAAUUUUCCAUCACUUGAGACUCUGAUAGCAAAGAUUCAUGACGAUGGGAAGAUAUCAGAGAAAGCUCUUGAUCUGCCCAUGUAUGCGUCGUACAAAGAUGCUCCAUAUUUAAGAAGCCUGUUGCAGCAAGACAACAACCAUUCAUGAAUUAAAUGCAGAUGAGUAUUCCUUGAGAUAGCUUCUAGGCAACCUCAGAAAUAAAAAUGUGGGAUACAAACUCGUUACAUGUAGUUCCUCCUGCUGUUUCCAAGAGGAAAACUGAUAAUGUAUGUUUCCCAGCUAAUGGGAUGGAAUGGAUUGUUAUGUGCAUCUUGCCACAGAUGUACAUGAGAAUGUUGGCUUCCUAUUGCUUGGCUAUUUGCCUAUUUGAGAAUCUUUUUUCUUGUU